AUGAGAGAAGUUAUUAGUAUCAAUGUUGGUCAAGCUGGCUGUCAAAUCGGUAACGCAUGCUGGGAUUUAUAUUCUCUUGAACACGGUAUCAGACCAGAUGGUUAUUUAGAAGAAGGUCUUUCAAGACCGAAAGGUGGGGAAGAAGGUUUCUCGACUUUCUUCUAUGAAACAGGAACUGGAAAAUAUGUCCCAAGAGCAAUUUAUGUUGAUCUAGAACCAAAUGUCAUCGAUGAAGUUCGUAACGGUGCAUUCAAAGACUUGUUUCACCCAGAACAAUUGAUUAACGGCAAAGAAGAUGCUGCCAAUAAUUAUGCUCGUGGUUACUACACCGUAGGAAGUCAAAUAAUAGAUGAAGUUACUGAUAGAAUCAGAAGGAUGACAGAUCAAUGUGACGGUUUACAAGGUUUCCUUUUCACUCAUUCUUUGGGUGGUGGUACUGGUUCCGGUUUAGGAUCUCUACUAUUAAAAGAGUUAUCUGAAAAUUAUGGAAAGAAAUCAAAAUUAGAGUUCGCUGUAUAUCCAGCACCACAAGUUUCCACAUCUGUCGUUGAACCGUACAACACCGUACUUACUACACAUGCCACUUUAGAACACGCGGAUUGUACUUUUAUGGUUGAUAAUGAAGCUAUCUACGACAUGUGCAAAAAAAAUCUGAAUAUUCCUAGACCCUCCUUUAAAAACUUGAACACCAUGAUUGCACAAGUUGUAUCUUCGGUUACUGCGUCAUUAAGAUUUGACGGUUCUUUAAAUGUCGAUUUAAAUGAAUUCCAAACUAAUUUAGUACCAUACCCAAGAAUUCAUUUCCCAUUGGUUUCUUAUGCUCCAAUACUAUCCAAGGAUAGGGCACACCAUGAAUCGAAUUCCGUUGCUGAAAUUACUAAUGCAUGCUUCGAACCAGGUAAUCAAAUGGUAAAAUGCAAUCCUGCCACAGGUAAAUAUAUGGCAUCAUGUCUAUUAUACAGAGGUGACGUUGUUACUAACGAUGUCCAAUCUGCUGUAACGCAAGUAAAGAAUAAGAAAACUGUGCAAAUGGUCGAUUGGUGCCCUACUGGUUUCAAGAUUGGUAUUUGUUACGAACCACCUACUGCAACCCCGGAUUCUCAAUUGGCGUCAGUUCAAAGAGCUGUCUGUAUGUUAUCUAACACAACUGCAAUUGCGGACGCAUGGAAAAGAAUUGACUAUAAAUUCGAUCUCAUGUAUGCCAAGCGUGCUUUCGUUCAUUGGUAUGUAGGAGAAGGUAUGGAAGAAGGUGAAUUUACUGAAGCAAGAGAAGAUUUAGCUGCCCUAGAAAGAGAUUACAUCGAAGUUGGUGCUGAUUCCUAUGCUGAUGAAGAAUUCUAG